CAGGACCUGGCUCAGCCCCGCAGGUGCUGUGGCUGCGGGGAGGGCUCUGGCUCUGGGUUCCCCCCCCCCUUGCCCCCUCUGUGCCCCCCCAGGCCCGAUGCCCGCCCGCGGGGCUCCCUGCAGCUGCGGCCGCGGACCCAGCGUGGCGCAGGGGCGGUGGUACGGGGUGCGCUCCUACCUCCACCUCUUCUACGAGGACUGCACCAGGGCCAGCCCGGAUGGGGAUGGGACCGAGUCCUCGUCAACCCGCCCCCCCCGGCACUGGCCCUCCAUUAUCUGGAAGGUGAGCCUCUCCACGGGGACCCUGCUCCUGCUGGCGGGGGCGGCCGCCCUGGCCACGGGCUCGCUGGUGCCCCCCAAGCUGGAGGGCGUCGGGGAGGGGGACUUCGUGGUGCUGGACCUGCAGGCAGUGCGCUACAACCGGGCGCUGGGCGCGUGCCGGCUGCUGGGUCUGGCGCUGUGCGCGGCCGCCGGGGUGCUGAGCGCCGUGGGGCUCCUCUCGUGCGUGCUGGGCCGUGCCGGGGGGGGCCCCGCGACGCCCCCAGGAAGAGGAGCAGCAGCUCUCGCCCAUCCUGCGUGGCAGCCCCCCCGGCCCCGGCGGUGCCGUUCGGUGCCUCCCGCAUCCACGGCGUCCAGCCCUGGAGGGAGACGUGAGGCUUGGGGGGCAGCGGGGGACACCCAGCUGCACCCCGCAGGGUGCCCCCCCCCCCGUGUUCCAGCUGCUGAAGUGCUCAGUAAAGAUGCUGAGAACCCCCUGGCUCUGGUGCUGUGGCUGUGUCAAACCCCUGAGCUGGGGAGGCUGCUUGGGCUGGGACAUCGCAGCGCAGCUCACGGGUGGGGUGGGGUGGGAGCAGCCCCCCAACACUGA